GUGGAAGCGCUGAGCUCCUUGCCGACGACUCACAGUCUGCCUGCACUUACCAUUAGAUAUUACUCACAGAGUUGACGGGAAAGCGAAAGCAGCCGAACAAAAGCCGGGAUUCUGGUGAAUAAAAAACCCUCCCCAGCGUGGAGCGGUGCGUCGGACAGGCUGCUGGAACCUGACCGAGGGAGCCGGAGCUCACCGCGGGCUGGAUGCGAAGCUCUACGGCAUUAUAGGUGCACCGGAGUCCGCCGACGACAUGGAGAAUAAAUAGUUGUCGCGAAACGUCAGUUUGGAUCCAGCCAAAGUCAUGGAUGCAAGUUGGAAAAACUGCUUCGAAGAGGAGCUCCUGUGUCCCAUUUGCCUGAAUGUCUUUGAGGAGCCCAUCCAGCUGCCGUGCAAGCACAACUUCUGCAAGGGUUGCAUCUCUGAGGCUUGGGCCAAGGACAGCGCUGCGGUCCGCUGUCCCGAAUGCAACCAUGACUACGACCAGAAACCCACACUGGAGAAGAACUUCAAGCUCGCCAACAUAGUGAAGCGGUUUAACGCCUUGAACACUGAGAAAGUCCCUGCUGCGCUGCACUGCGUCCUCUGCAGACGGGGCCCCCCGCUGCCCGUGCGGAAGGUCUGCCUGCGCUGUAAGGAACCCUGCUGCCAAACUCAUAUCCAGACGCACCUACAGCAGCCGUGUGCAGCCCCGGGACACCUGUUAGUUGACGCAGAGGAGCUGAGUGCUUGGACCUGUCCCAGUCAUGAGGAGUACAGGCUGCUCCACUGUGAGGAAGAGCAGGUGGCUCUGUGUCCAUUCUGCUGCAUCUCUCACUGCACAAACCAAAGACACACGGUCUGCGAUGUGGAUACCCAACGCAUACAAAUGCAGGCCAUGCUAAUGAGGCAGCAAGACAGACUGGAGGGUCGUGUUCAGAACAUCGAUGAGCAGCUCACCAAGCUGGAGUCAGACAAGACACUGAUGAGGGACACAGUGUCUGAGCUGGUGGAGCGUGUGAGAGCCCAGUAUCAGAGGAUGCAUGCGCUGCUAGACUCGAACCAGGCUGAAACUGUGCAGAUGCUUGAAAGCACUUUCACCGUGUAUGUGAGGAAAAACUCCCAGCAGGUUCUGCAGCUCAACGAGAAGCGCCAGGAGGCGGAAAAACUCCUGAGCACAGUGCAGACGUUCUUCCAAAGAUCAGACAGCAUUAACUUCAUGAAGAACACAAAACCUUACCAGCUGCUAAUGGACAGGUCAAACUCACACCUGACUGGUUCCAUCCCUCCACUCAGAGUGGGCCAGCUCACCUCUCAUCAUUUGCUCGGCGAACUCUCAAUAAGAGAGAAGAACCUGCAGAAGAUGUUGGAGGAGCCAUUCAAUGCGGCGCCUAUUCUUGAGAUUGUCCAGUCUCACUGCAGCUCUGCUGGCCCCCACAUGGGCACAAGUUCGGGACUACAGAAGAGGAAAUAUGGCAUGGCUUUCCUGGAGAGUAGCACAGCGAACUCCACCUCCCAGAAUCCUCCACCAUUGCUCUACAGCAGCAAAAAACCCUUCCUUGCUGACCAGAGCCAUCAUGCUUCAUCCCUGUAUUCUUCUGAAGGCCUCUCCCAGAAUCCUCAGGCUGGCCCCGGCCAUAGCCGACUCCUUGACACUUCAGCCCAUCACAUGGUGGGUCUAGGGUCCAGCUCUGGCCACCACUCAGGGACCAUAUUCCCCCCCUCCCACUACCCCAGCGGAGGCGCCUCGCAACAAGCCAUGUACGAGGGGAGGAAAGUACUGAUGUGCACUCUGAAUAACUGCUGCUGCUCCAGGGCCCCCGCUGCUCGUGCCCGGCCUCCGUACCCAGGAUCGGACUCCUUCCCCUCCAUGACUUCUCAGGAGUUUCCCCCACAUGCCCCGCUGCCUGCAAGCCAGCCACUGCAGCAUUUUCCCAUGAGGGGGCUGAUGGAAGCCUCACAGACAGCCAGGCACCCUGAGUUCUACGGGCUGUACGGCCAGUCUUCAACCAAGCAUUACGGGACCAAGUAAUAAACCACAAUCAGCAUUUGUUCUGUUGUAUUAAAUUGGAUUAGGCAUCAGAAUUUCCAUAUUUGCUUUUCGUUCCUUUUCAUUUAUGUUCAGAGAUGUGUUGUCAGUAUGUGUCUCCAGUGCGCCUCCUUGAUAAUGUUAUGUUGAAAUUUACUUGACCCCAUUUCUGGGAAACAGUGCCCUGUUAGCUUUGGUAGCCCUGUUUACUUCCUCAAUCACAGUAGACAGUAGUAAUGCUCUAAUCUGACAGCACAAGUUUGUAUUUUUAUUUAUUUUCUGUUUCAAUUCGACUGGAAGUGCUAGUGUGAAUAAUGUAGUCUUAAAUCCAUUCAAGCAGUGAACUAAAGAAACAACAUAUCCUUCAUCACGGGUCCUGACAUGGGACUCCAGAGACUUCAGUGCCUAAAAAGACUGUUAACACGCUCUUAUUGUACUUGCAAGUUCCUAGCUCUUGAUUAUUUCCUGUUUGCGGCUGAAAGCAUGCAGGGAGCCUCUCCGUGCACUCCAAAGUCCAUGUGGCUUUAGAAACACACUGGACUACAAAUGCUUGUCAGGUUUUUCAUGAAUUUUUAUACAAGAUUAUGAAUAAACUGAAACCAGUGGAAAAUAUUGAA